CUACUGCAAGUCGCGUCAAAGUCGACGAAAAUAUCUCCCAGGGUAUUUUACAAGAGGACCAUGGCUUGUCAAUGUUCAUCCCACCCAAUGCUUUGCUUCAGGGAGAAUCACAAGAGAUCACACUAACCCUCCUUCGAGACCCUCCAAGCGUAGACAUCCAAGAUGAUGAAUCCGUGGCCUGCUACGGGAUCAGAUGUGAUCCUCCAAACAUGGUAUUCCUCAAACCCGUUAAGAUUAGGAUACCACACGCCACGCUAGUUGCCAACCCAGCCGAAGUAAAGCCAGAUGUUGUGUCAUAUGUUAUGACCCCAAACCCAGAUCUGCCACAAAGUUCAAGAAGCACUUCAUCCAACUCUCCAGACAAGCCACCAUACUGCAAGGUCUACAAGAGACACCUUGAGCUGUAUAUUGACCACAGUGCUGAGUGGUGGGUUCUUAUUCCCCUUGAGCAGCAUGUGAUUAAACACCGAUUAAUAUGCACACCGUAUAUUCCAGAUAGAAUAACAAGAGGAAAGGAGAUUGGUGUCCACCUUCGUCUUCAUGUCGAUAUUCCUGGAAUGGAUGUGGAAAUACAAGAGGAGGAGAAGAAGCAGUUCUAUCACAAGGCCCAUCCCUCUAUACCCAUCAGUAUUGCCUCCAAGGCAGGGGAUGUCAGUGUGACAUCAUACCGAGGUGUCGAUGCUGUGGAUGAAAAGGUUCUCCUUCUCAAAGACGUUCAAAGAAGAAUGCAACACCUAAUUGUGCUCCCGGUGCCAAUGCAUGAAGAUGACACAGACCUUCGAGUUACAGUCAUUCUUACCCAGUCUGGGAAACGGGUCGAUGUUUCAGUAUCACUCGCCUUUGUUAUCAGAUGCUCUGAUAAGUGGACUUUGGAACCCACUCUCUUUGGACGGUUGGUUGAAGAAGUCUCAAAAGGUGACCUCCAGGAUGAUGAUAUCCUCAACAUUGCUGAAAAGAUGACAGUGGAUCAGUUUUAUGAUUUAGGGGUAGCUCUUGGUUUCACGAUCACGCAACUGGAUUCUAUAGAAUACCAGAGAUUCAGAGACAGACAGCAGGCCUCCUAUGAUAUGCUUAUAAGAUGGCGGCAGACACAAACCUCUGGUCAAGCAGCGAAGGAAGAACUCAUCACAAUCAUGGAAACGCUGGAUUCCCCUACUGAAGACCUGUUUGCGUUAGAAACAACCUCUGCCAGUGAAAUUCCAGACAAGAUGCUUCUCGAUAUAUCCCGAAAGAUAAAACCAGAGAAGUACUUCGAGACUGGAAGAAAGCUUGGUCUUACAAAGGUAGAGCUUGAACACAUAAAACACAGGACAUUUGCUAACAGGAGGGACACCAACAUCCAGAUGCUUUCCACAUGGAAAAGGCAGUGGAGACAUGGAGAAAAGGCAGUGGAGACUCUGAAUCUAGUUUGGAACUCUGUCCAAUCAGUAAAGAAAGCUGACAAUAUUGAAGAGGAAGAAGGUACUUCUGCGGUUCUCAAACAGGUUGUUGUCGAAAGAGCCAAACAAACUGAUCUCGAAAGUGAACAUGAAACGAUGGAGAUCAUUGACUUUUCAGGAGCGGAUUAUCCAAGUGGUUCUUCCUGUAAGCAUGAGGAAAUCCGUGAGGAUCUUGAUCAACACGGUGGAAUACCAAACACAGAAGAACUUUGUAGCGUGGCUCGUCAUGUCAAAUCCUUACAAACAGCACGUUCACUUGGAAAAGCACUUCAUAUCGAUGACAUCAGCAUAGUUGGUUUCGUCACUCAGCUCAUGCCUUCAUUACUACGUGAGACAGCGCAGCAGAUAGUACGAAUGUGGCACAAUGGCUUACAAGAGGGAGUCAAGGAAGAAGAACUCAGCAAGUUAUUCAAGAAGUACAACAUCUCUGGUGACAAAACAGAGGGCUAUGAAGAAAUAGCACAACUCAUUCGAUUUGACACAGACCUACUAGACUUAGUUCGUCAUUUGGAUGUACACCCUACCAAUGUCAUGGAUAUCAUUAACACAUCUACAACCCUUACGUCACGUAUGGUUAUUCAUGUUGCCCUACAAAUGCUGAUAGAAUGGUCCAAGAAAGGUGGAACCAGGGAGAGGCUUUUAGCAGUUGCCCAGGCUUUUCACUUCUGUUGCGCUGACAUAGCAAAAGGCCUGGAAUGUCAGUCAGCCUGUCCGUUUGUCAUCUCACACGGCACUAUUGAUCGUAGGGGAGGGAAGCUAACCCUCGAUAAACUUGGAAUUACUGUAUCUAUUCCUGAAGGAGCUAUUCCGAAGGGAAUGGGAUUAACUGUCACCCUCUGUGUAUCAAUCUGCAAUACUCCAGGACUACCCAUACGCGACGAUGAAGUUCUUGUUACUCCCAUCAUAGAGACUUCUCUAACACAAGAACUUGUCAAACCGGCAACGAUAUUACUACCACACUGUAUGGGUUUCAACAACGACGAUUCUACCUUUGUAAUGUACACCAAGACCGGGCCAGGAAAAUUCGGUCGCAGAAUGCUGACUGGAGACGAUUUGCGAAUCUCAAAACGUACGAUUGAGUUCUGUACACGUUAUAUUGAAGUUUUGGCUGUAUGUUCAAAGGGUCUUCCAGAUCUCCAACUGACAUGCUUAGUCUUCCAGCCUACUAUGAAGUCACCAGAGGAGCAUCCAUCUCUACGAGUGUACGUCAUUCAUCCAUAUAAGACAUAUGUCCAGGAUCUAAUCAAGAAGGAGCUGGAAUCAGCUGUACCUUACUGUCAAGUCGAGAAGGAAUUCAAUUUCUCUGUAUGGUCAACAGUUAAGCACCUAAAGAUUAUUUGUCAUGAAAAGACGAAGCAACAGAAACGAAUGAUGCCCAUCAAGAGUAUUCUGUCUGGAGAUCGGUGCAGCCCUCUGGCCUUUAAGCUUCAGUUUUCCCCGGAAGAAAAUGGAAAGAACAAUAUUCUUAUUGCAAUACAGGAAAGACACCAAUCUCUAUCAGAAAGACGGUUCAACAUAACAAUAGAAGAUGAACCUGAUUUCACGACCAACCAUAUGGAUUCGGAAGGACGAUUAAGCUGUUUAUCUAACAUUGCCAUCGAGAUGCUGGCUGAUGUAAUUGUCGAACGAAGGGAUGCACAUUCAUUUGGUCGCCAUCUUGGUUUCUCAGACUCAGCCGUAGAGCAAUACCUUAAUCGACCAGAUUCAUUAUCUAAACCAGUCUCAAGAUCAGGCUUCGUUGACAUGCUAAGCGAUUGGAGACGGAGAGUCCGACCGAGUGAGCAGUGGCUAUCUCAUCUAAGCCUAACGUUGCUCAGCGCGUACGAGAACUUGAUUCACUGUUCCAUUGACCCAAAGACUCUUAAGCCGUUACCUCUGGAAUGGGAUGGUCAUGGUACGAAACACAUGGAGAAUCAAAAUUCCAGAGUGAACUAUCCUGAGGUUCUCUGA